CUUCUCUUCUCCUCAUUCUUUUCUCUUCCUCAACCAAAGAGCAAGUUCCUCAUCCUCACCAGACCAUUAAUAUUCCAAUAGGGAGCUCACAUGGAGACCACACAGCAAAUCUCCAAUGAUAGCUUCUCCCUUAAUUGGCUUAGCAACAUCAAGCACUCCUUGGACUUUCUUGAAGAAAGCCUCCGGCGCUCUUUUGAUGGACUUGAUGGAAGCUCCUUCAUCGAAAUGGACCCGGAUUUCUUUUCGUUGCGGUGGACCAAUUCAAUCGACUUUGAUUUCAGCCUUCCGAGCUGCGACGGCUCACUUGUGGUUCAUGCUGAUCAAAUUUUCUUCAAUGGUCAUCUUCUUCCUGUGCAAGUUAUAAAUACUUCGAAGAAUAAUGAUGGUUCAAUCAAUCUAAGCAAGAAUUGGGAUGAUUCAGUCUCAACAAAUUCAUCACCAUCUUUUACUUCAUCAGAUACCAUGACAAUGAAAAGUAGUCACAAUAAGCAAAAGCUACCUUUGCUUAAGAGAAACACAAAGUCUCCUGUGAAGAUGUUAAGGAAAUACUUGUAUUUUCUUAUUCCCUUGUAUAAGAAGGUUUUGAACUUGAAGAAGGUUUCUUCAAAGAUGCCGCUGAGCUUUGAUGAUUCGCCGAAAAGUUCUCCAAGGAUGAGCAUCGAGAGGCGGCGGGGGAAUCGGAUUUUCGAUGUGCCAUCUGAAAGUUCUAUUCAUGAUGCAGUCCUCCAUUGCAAGAAGUCUAUUGCUAAUUCAGCUUGAACAGAGAGUUGUGGUUCAAAUUUGUGUUUAUUUUGGUCCAUCCAUUGAUAUUUCUCUGAUAGUUUGAUAUUUGAAGGAAAACAAUGGUGAGAUGUUAGUGAAGAGGAGAUGAGAAAGUUGUAGGAAUAGAAUUGUUCUCUCUUCUGCCUUAGAUUAUUGUAGAGCUACAAAAAGCUCUUGUAGGUUCUUAGCUGUUCUUGGGAGGGAGAGCUCUUCAUGUUUGUUUAAUCUUAUAAUUGAAAGGAGCUUGUCACUCUUUUAAUGUUGUAAACACAUCUUUUUUUUAUUUUAAUUUUAUCUCUUUAUUCUGCCA